AUGCUUAUCUAUUCCAUAACAGCAGCCGAUUUCUCAGUCAUUGCCGCAUUUCUUGCAGCAUGCUUCCUCAUCUACCGCUGGAAGGUUUCGUUAAAUUAUCCCUUACCACCUGGUCCGCCAUCGCACUGGAUUUUUGGUACCGACCUGCCUAAGGAAUACCCUUUCUUUCAAUACGAAGAAUGGACCAAAACCUACGGUCCAGUAUUUUCUAUGAAAAAAGGAACCCAAACUUUCAUUGUCAUUGGGCGAUACAAUGCUGCCAUUGAAAUCAUGGAAAACCACUGGUUCUCCUUAAUGGACCGUCCGAGGCUAAUCGCCGCCUCAGAUAUCAUGUCAGGCGGAAUGCGAGUCUUGUUCAUAUCUGCAGGCUCUAGACUAAGGCGUCUACACAAAGCUCUCCACCUAAAUCUCCAAACAAAGAAAGCACGCACCUACGAACACAUACAAUCGCGUAAUGCCAAAAACUUCAUCCUUGACCUGCUCGAUAAUCCAUCCGACCACAUCAACCACGCAAGAAGAUACGCAGCAAGCGUCAUUAUGGCACUCACAUAUGGAAAGACCAACCCUACCUCGUAUACAGACCCCGAGAUCCAGCUCAUAAACCAAAACACCGUCCAAGUCGCUCGCUCCAUGCGACCCGGGGCAUACCUGGUCGACUCUUUCCCCAUCCUCCGCUACAUACCCACAUACCUCCGUGAACUACGUGCAUUCCACAAGCAAGAGCUCGGUUUUUUCAAGUCUCAAAUCGACGUCGUGCGCAAUCGGAUGGUAUCAGGAGAAGAUGCCCAGCCAUCCUUCGCCAAGUACCUCAUUGAGAACCAGACGAUGUACGGCUUAUCGGAUAAUGAGGCGGCAUAUUUGGCUGGGUCGAUGUUCGGUGCUGGGUCGGAUACAACAGCUUCCGCCAUCAGCAUGGUUAUCAUGGCGCUAGCCUGUUACCCAGAGACCGCGGCGAAAGCGCGUGCGCAGAUCGAUGCACUCGUGGGGAACGCUAAACGAUACCCUACCUUUGACGACCGCGACCAACUUACAGAGGUGACGGCUUUCGUGUUGGAAUCGUACAGAUGGUAUAUUUCUCUCCUCUUGCUGGUAGUAACGCUCACACUGUUUGGAACCAGGCGUCCAAUCUCGAUAUCAGGCGUUCCCCAUCGUGCAUCGAAGGAUAUCAUCUGGAAUGGCUAUGUGAUACCCAAAGGAUCCAUCGUGAUCCCAAAUCACUGGUCUAUAUUCCGGGACCCCGAAGUCUUCCCCGACCCAGAACGCUUCGAUCCCCAACGAUGGCUCUCUCCAGACGGGACCAUCCGCGACGAUAUCAAGAAUUACAACUUCGGAUUUGGAAGGAGGGUAUGCCCGGGGAUGCACGUCGCGAAUAGAUCUCUUUUCAUCAACACCGCUCUCCUUAUGUGGGCAUUCAACAUCUCCCAGGACGACGUCGACACAAUGAGACUCUCGGACUCACCGAAUAUGCGUCCGUUGCCUUUCAAGGUCACUUUUGAGCCUCGAAUGGAUGUGGGUAUUCUGAGAGAGUUAAUGACGAAUGACUAG